AUGUAAAAAAAAAAUAGUAUCGUUUAGAAGAAUGGCAAAAUACUAGAAUUAUGGAUGUCUGGCCAUUUGAUAAUUGAAGGGAAGGAAUUUGAAGAUGUUUUAGGGAAUGGUUGUUAUUUAAUGUAUCCUUGGGUCAAUCGAUUAAGUGAUAAAAAUGUAUAACAUAAAUUUCAUGAUUCAAAUGGUUAUCCUUUACAUGGCUUAUAUGUGAAUACUGAGAGAGAAAUAUUAGAGGAGAAUCAAAAUUAGAUUUGCUUAAUACCAAAGGACCGUGAAUAGUAACAAAGUCAUUUUCAAGAGAUUUACACAUUUAUUAAAGAUAAUUAGAUAUCAAUAGAAUUUAAUAUAUCCAAUAAUCAAGACCUUGAAUAUGGAAUUGGAUAUCAUCCUUAUUUUAAUUUUGAAAAUAUUGAUGAUGUAAUUAUGAUUACAAAUUUAACUUAAAGGUUAGUUGUUAACUAAGAUUUAAUCCCUAUUGGUGAUUAAUUGUAAUGGGAAGAUGUCAAUUUGUCAGAAAUUUCUUUAAAAAAUUAAGAGUUCGAUAAUUGCUUUAAAAACAAUGAGGAUAAACUCUUUAUAAAGUUGAUAAGUAGUAAAUAUACUUUACUUAUUGAAUCGGACUCUAUGAAAUAUUGUUAAAUUUAUACUCCUUCAGAUAGGAAGCGAAUUGCAAUAGAACCACAAUCAUCAACUGCAGAUUGUUUCAAAUAUUAAACAUCAUUAAAAGGAAAUUGCAAGGUUGGUUUUACAGUUACAAUCAUUUUAAAUUGA